AUGGCUCCCGCUCGUAAGGGAAAGGCAAAGGAGGAACAGGCUGUUGUGUCCCUUGGACCACAAGCCAAAGAAGGUGAACUUAUCUUCGGAGUCGCUCACAUCUUCGCCUCAUUCAACGAUACAUUCGUCCACAUCACCGAUAUUUCUGGUAAGAUUUUAAUUAACAUAUUUUUUUCAAAAUAAACGUUUAAUUUUCAGGCCGUGAAACCAUCGUCAGAGUUACCGGAGGAAUGAAAGUUAAAGCUGAUCGUGACGAGUCGUCUCCAUACGCUGCUAUGCUUGCUGCUCAAGAUGUCGCUGAUCGUUGUAAACAAGUGAGAUUUUAAACUAUCGAGAUUUAUCUUAUGAUUAAAAUUCAGCUCGGAAUCAACGCUCUCCACAUCAAGCUUCGUGCCACCGGUGGAACCAGAACUAAGACCCCAGGACCAGGAGCUCAAUCAGCGCUCCGUGCCCUUGCUCGCGCUGGAAUGAAGAUUGGAAGAAUCGAAGACGUUACCCCAAUUCCAUCUGAUUCAACAAGAAGAAAGGGAGGUCGUCGUGGACGUCGUCUUUAA